CAAAAGUAACUGCUGUAGUCACUGGGUCCAGGCAGCCUCCUCUCUGCUGGUAAAGAUACUACAGCUGUACAAUGAGAGUAGGGGUGAUAGCCCAGUCAUAGGAGGUGUCUUUAAAACAGCUCAAAGAUGGAGGACGACCUGGUGUCGGAGGAUGAUAUCUUGCUGUGUUCAGAGAAGGAGUUCCAUGAUGCUGCACGGAGGAACGACACAGGGAAAAUGCAGGAACUCAUCAAGAAGGGCGUUAACGUCAAGGCCAAAAACAAAAUUGACCGUAAGGCCCUGCACUGGGCAGCCGGAGCGGGGAGCGAACGGGCUCUGCGGAUGCUUCUGGAACACGACACUGAAGUGAACGAGAGGGACUCGUUUGGCAUGACCGCUCUGCUCCUGGCCUCCUGGUUUGGUCACCUUAAAGUCCUGCAGAUCCUGGUGUCCUGUGGAGCAAAGCUCAACAGUGAGAACAAAGAUGGUCUCAGUAUGCUGCACUGUGCUGCCCAGCGAGGCCACAUCAAAGUAUUGGAGUUCAUCAUGGAGGACCUGGAGGACAUCCGGCUGGACCGAGUUGACAAGUCAGGGAAGACUGCGCUUCACCUGGCAGCUGAACAUGGACAAUUUGAGGUGGUGGAGUUUCUGAUUGGAAUGGGCUGCACACAUGGUCUAAAGGACAAGGAAGAGAACACUGCCAUGCACCUCGCAGCACGGAGCGGGCACACACACAUCCUGCAGAAGAUGGUGGAGAUGGGGGUGGACGUGGACGAGAGGAACAAAGAAGGCCUCACAGCGCUGCACCUGGCCUCUGACGGAGCUCACUGUGAGUGUGUCCGGCUGCUGCUGGAGGCCGGCUGCGAGGCCAACGCUCUGACUAAUAAGAACAUGACUGCCCUUCAUUACGCGGCUCAGCACGGCUUUGACAGAGAAGCCAGUCUGCUGCUGGAGGCAGGGACCCACAGAGACGCUGUGGACAGUCAACACAACACAGCUCUGCACCUCGCUGUGUUCCACCACCAUGCAGAGGUUCUGCGGCUGCUCAUAGGCGCUGACUGUGACCUGGACCUCGCUGACCGUAGACAGCAGACUGCGCUGCACAUCGCAGCAGAGCACGGCUGGCAGGACCUGGCUGAGAUGAUGCUCAUCUCUGGAGUUGACCUCAAUCUGACCGACAAGCAGGGGAAGACCUGUCUGGAGGUGGCCGCCAGAGGAAACCACGUCAUCCUGGUCGACAUGAUCAUCAAAGCUGACCGCUUUUAUAAAUGGGAGAAGGAUCAGAUGGGCAGGGAGCUGGACUCCUGGGUGGGGCGGCCCCUGAGCUUUAAGCAGGACCACCAGCAGGAGACUCAGCACCUCCGCUCGGUCCUGUGGAGCCUGGCCACCAAGCACCUGUGCCGGGGGGAGUGGAAGAUCCUGGCCCAGCACUGGGACUUCAGCGAGGCUCAUAUACGGGCUGUAGAACAACAGUGGACAGGUAUGAAAAGCUUCAAAGAGCACGGCCACAGGAUGCUGUUAGUCUGGCUCCACGGCGUGGUGAUGGCGGGGGAGAACCCGGUCAAAGGUCUCUACGAGGGGCUGGUGGAGAUCUCACGGACAGACCUCGCAGAGUCCAUCCGGCAGAAGGCGAACGCAGAGAGCUGCUCCCCCAAACUGUGCUCUGCUAUGUGAUCCACGCUGAGGGGCCGUCAAUGCCCCAACUGAGCCCAUGAGUAGGUUUGUAUUAUCCAUGACCUGUUUACAUUAUUCACAUACUCAAUAUACUGUGAUUGUUCAGAAUUUUAUAAAAAGAUGGUUUGAAACCUGUGAAAUAUCUGUUUAUAAUGUAAAAUAAAAAUGUUCAAGGGCUUGAACGGUUACAACAUUUCCUGUGAGCUGGAACGAGUUGAAAUAUGUUCACCCAAUAAUUGGAAAUUACAAGAAAAUGCUUAUAAAAAAACAUGACUCCAAUCAACCACAUCAUGUAAUCAUUGCGAUCUUGGAGGGCCCACGCCCCCCCACACCAUUAGCCUGAUUAACUUGACAUUUGACACACAUAUCCAGCUCAAUUUGCUCUACAAAGAAGCCUAAAGAAUCACUCAAGUCAGCUUGACUACAUUUCCCACCAGAACAUUUUUGACGAAAAGUGUUUACAUUUUAUAGGCAUGCAAGAAAGAGGCGUGGCACAACAUGAAUCCAACUAUAAUUCACAAAUGUAUUUGUCCAAUUAAGCUGUUGAAAAAUGUCCCCAAGUGCUUCCCAAAAAUUAGAGGCCACUUGACUUCGAGUAUGCAAAUAUGUAAAGGUUGUUUGCACACUCACAAAAAAACUGAAUUUGCAUGCAGUAAACGCUGUAUCUGUAUCUGUACACUAAGGGCUGUGACGUCUAAAAGCAGCUGAAGACUCACCCAUGUAGACUUAACUGUGUUUAAUUGCUCCGCGGUUACUAUGGCAUCUCUGUCUGUUUUAUUAAGAUUUUAUUCUUACAAACUUUAUAAUGUUUGCUCUCGGGCGGUGCUAUAAAAAUUAAUGAAAUGACACCAGCCACACACUGCGGCAGCUCCCACAGACAGUAACCAGUCUGCAGACAGCGUGAUACACAGCAGCUUUAUUAUGGUUCUUGUUGGUGACAGGUUUCACUGCUGUGGUUCCACAGUCUGUCUGAGUGUGAGCCACGGCUUCAGGCUCUGCACUCUCUGUCUUUGUGGCCUUAAAGAAAAAACGUUAGGUUCAGUUCUGAAAGGACUGCUUUGUCAGAACUAGCAACAUGAGCAGUCCACCUCAGUUUAAUCCUCAGUUCUACCCAGUUGUCCAAAGCACAAUGUCCAUCUCCACCUGAAGCCCUGCUUUAGGGGUCACAAGAUGAACUUCAGGUUUUCAAAAGAUGUUUUACUGGACAGUAAAGCAGAAAACUACUUGUAUACCACUCAGAAUGAUAUAGUUAUUUUAUUUUAUUUCUUUUUUCUCUUGAAUAACUGGAUUAUUUUACUCCUUACUGAAUCUGAAAAAUAUUCAGUAUUUAAUGGUUUUUAACAAUUUACUAGAUAACCGAGUUUAACUUGGCAAGACUUUACUGGUGUGUUACAUUGGAAAAUAAAUCCAGUUUGUAAAAAAACCGAGCUUGAGGAAUUGAAAAGACGGGUUGGAUUUCCUAUACACAGUCGCACAUUUUUGACACUCAAUAUGUCAUAUGCAUAUAAACUGGAUCCAGAUAAAUAAGGUUAAAGGUGCAUGAAUAUAAUUGUUUGCAUGAAUAUAAUACAAAUCUCUCUCUGAAGUAAUACAAUCAGUUUUUGUAAUGAUUUGUAUGAUACAUAUAAUGUUUUUGAUUCUACAGUAUUGUAGUGUUCAAAUGAACUGCUUAAUUUCAACAUGAAUGCACAUUUUUAAAUGAUUAUUAUUACUGGUUUAAUCAAACAGAGUGAGUGUUUAAAGAGUUUUUGCUGUCAAGCAACUGAGUUUUCAAUUAUUUGUGUAGGUGGGUUAUGAAUAUAAAUUCUGUUUGCAUGAUUCACUUCAUAAAAAGCCAGACUGGUCCUUGAACCCCUCAUGAUAUUAGCACUUAUUGUAUAAUGAUCAAUGCAAUACCUAGAUUUUCUCAGCAGCAAUGCAGAUAUAUCUUUUCUAUAAGUAAUGUAUAAACUUUCAAUGUUACUUUGUACAUGAUAUGUUCAUAAGACUAAUAAAAACUCCACUGUGAAAACAAA